ACACCCACAAUUUUUUUACUUUUGAUUCUCAAUAUUCAAACCAUCAACUUCAUCUUCAUAAUCAUCAACUUUACAAAAAGAGCCAUUUUGUGGUUCUUUUUUUUUUUUUUUUGAGGAUUCAAAAGUUCUGGCUGUGUGAUUCUUCAAAGAUAUUUAUAUAUUUACAUACAUGUGUGUGUAAAGUUUUUUUGUUGUAUACAUGUGCCUUUAAUGUCCCUUUCAUUUAACUUCUAGCAUUUUUUACACUUUUUCCCACCUUGUUCCAAUUUUUUAUGAUUUUCUUACAUCUUUGAGAACAAAUUUACAGAUUGCUCAACUUUUUGGAGUUCUUUGAUAGACCCAGUAUAGACUGAAGGGGUGGUGAAAGGGGUAUAUUUGGCAAAUUGUAUAUGAUGGAAGCUCCGGCAGCUAAACUGGUGGCGCCCCGGAAAAAGAUGACAAAGCAAUUAACAGGGAAAAGGGACGACAGUUCCUUGCAUGCAGCAGCUAGAGCUGGAAAUCUUGUCGCAAUACGAGAGAUUCUUGAUCAGACAGGGGAGGAAGAUUUGGCGGAGUUGAUGAUAAAGCAAAAUUCAGCUGGGGAGACUGCAUUGUAUGUUGCAGCAGAAUAUGGUUAUUAUCAGUUGGUUAGGGAAAUGAUCCAUUACUAUGAUCUUGUUGCUGCUGGAAUCAAAGCGAGGAACGGUUACGAUGCUUUGCACAUUGCUGCCAAACAAGGAGAUUUAGAUAUGGUAAAACUAUUAAUGGAAGCACAUCCAGAGCUCUCAAUGACAGUUGAUAUUUCGAAUACUACAGCUUUGCAUACAGCUGCAAACCAAGGGCAUAUAGAGGUAGUGAAUUACCUAUUGGAGGCUGAGAGUAGUUUGGCCACCAUAGCUAAAAGUAACGGGAAAACAGCGUUGCACUCUGCCGCAAGAAAUGGACAUUUAAAGGUUCUGAAGGCACUUUUGAGUAAGGAGCCGGGGAUCGCAACUAGGAUGGAUAAAAAGGGGCAAACUGCACUUCAUAUGGCUGUCAAAGGACAAAACUUUGAGGUUGUGGAAGAGUUGAUUAGAGCUGAUCCAUCAUUGAUAAAUAUGGUUGACAAUAAGGGUAAUACCGCCUUGCAUAUUGCUGCUCGAAAAGGCAGGGAUCAGAUUGUGAAAUUUCUGCUUGGUCAUAACGAAACAGACAUUAAUGUCGUCAACAGGUCCAACGAAACAGUCCUUGACACAGCAGAGAAACUGUCACAGGCCGAAUUAGUAACAAUCUUGCAAGAGCACGGCGUUCAAAGCGCUAGAUCCAUCAAGCCACAGGCAACAAAUCCAGCAAGAGAGUUGAAGCAAACCGUAAGUGACAUAAAGCACGGGGUCCACUAUCAGUUGGAGACUACACGCCUGACAAGAAGACGUAUACAAGACAUUGCCAAGCGUGUGUACAAAAUGCAUGCACAAGGCCUUAACAACGCAAUUAAUUCUACCACAGUUGUUGCUGUGCUCAUUGCCACGGUCGCCUUUGGAGGAAUAUUUCAAAUCAAUGGACAAUGGGUCGACGAUCCAGACGAUAUCCCACCCGACCAUACCCUUGGAGAAGCAAAUAUUGGUCCUAAUCCAGCAUUUAUAGUUUUCUUCAUCUUUGACUCAAUAUCCUUAUUUAUCGCUCUUGCUGUCGUGGUUGUCCAGACAACGAUCGUGGCAAUUGAAAGCAGAGCAAAGAGGAAAAUGAUGUCAAUUAUAAACAAGCUAAUGUGGGUGGCAUGUUUGUUCAUUUCGGUGGCUUACUUGUCCCUAUCGUACGUUGUUGUUGGCGAUGAUAAUUUGUGGAUGCCUAUAUUUGUGUCCUUUAUCGGAGCAAGCAUAAUGGCUACAACGUUGGGAACACUGUGUUACUGGGUUGUUUGGAACAGGAUAAGGUCAUCAAACAAGAGGAGCUUCCGAAAGAACUCUCUGGCCAACAAGUCCCGGUCCUGGUCAGCAUCGGUACUCUCAGAUUCAGAUGCUCUAAACAAUGAAUAUAAGAAAAUAUAUGCUAUAUAGAAAGUUUGGCCUGGUGAAUCCAACCCCAAAUUGUAAUUAUUUAUUUAUUUAUUUUGUGGGGUGAUGGAUGUCCUUGCCUUUUUACCUUCAUGUGCAAAUGACUCAAGUUAAAGGUAGUUUCAUUACCUCAUGAAAGUUUUGGUUAAUUCUUCUAAUGACUCAAGCUAAAGGUAGUUUCAUUACCUCGUGAAAAUUUUGGUUCAUUCUUCUUA